CAGAGAGAAGGCGAUAUAAGACCUUAUAUAUUUCUCUUGGUGUUCGAGGCUGUAAUGUCGCUCCUUAACGACACAUUUACUGGGACUUAGUGAAGCUGUGUUUGGGAUAUUAGUCUGCAGUUUCCGGGUCUUUAAUAAAGAGGAGGACCGAAGCGCUCGGUCAUGUUCUGAGGAGAAGAAAGGAGACAGGAGAAAAGAAGAGGAGGAAAAAGAGGAGGACAAACACCGGGGAUGCGAACAUGGCAUCGGUGCGCGUGGCGGUGCGCGUGCGGCCCAUGAACCAGCGGGAGAAGGAGCUCUCAGCCCAGUGCAUCAUCGAGAUGGAAGGAAACAAGACAACUAUUACCAACUUAAAAAUCCCUGAUGGCGUGACGGGUGACUCGGUGAGAGAGAGAACUAAAACCUUCACGUAUGAUUUCUCCUAUGACUCGGGCGACCGCAAGGGCACCGGCUUCGUCUCACAGGAAAAGGUCUUUAAGGACCUGGGUUCAGAUGUGCUCAAGGCAGCGUUUGAAGGCUAUAACGCCUGCAUCUUCGCAUAUGGACAGACCGGUUCAGGAAAGUCCUACACCAUGAUGGGCAACCAGGGAGACGUGGGACUGAUUCCGAGGAUUUGCGAGGGCUUGUUCACUCGAAUAACCGGCAUGACCCGUCGUGACGAAGCCUCCUUCCGUACGGAGGUCAGUUAUUUGGAGAUCUAUAACGAGCGUGUGAGGGACCUGCUGAGGAGGAAGCUGGCUAAGACGUAUAACCUGCGAGUGAGAGAGCACCCUAAAGACGGCCCUUACGUUGAAGACCUGUCGAAGCACCUGGUUCAGAACUACAGCGACGUGGAGGAGCUGAUGGAGGCUGGAAACAUCAACCGCACCACAGCCAGCACCGGCAUGAACGACGCCAGCAGUCGCUCGCACGCCAUCUUCACCAUCAACUUCACGCAGGCUAAGUUUGAUGCGGAGAUGCCAUGUGAAACAGUCAGUAAGAUUCACUUGGUGGAUCUGGCAGGCAGCGAGAGAGCCGACGCCACGGGAGCCACCGGCGUUCGCCUCAAAGAGGGAGGCAACAUAAACAAAAGCUUGGUUACCCUUGGCAACGUUAUAUCUGCCCUGGCCGAUAUGUCUCAGGACGGAGGGAGCUGCCAUCUGAAAAAAAAGCAGGUGUUCGUCCCUUACAGAGACUCUGUCCUCACGUGGCUUCUCAAAGACAGUCUGGGAGGAAACUCCAAAACCAUCAUGAUCGCAACCAUCUCUCCUGCGGACGUGAACUACGGCGAGACCUUAAGCACGCUGCGCUACGCUAAUCGUGCCAAAAACAUUAUCAACAAACCCACCAUCAACGAGGACGCCAACGUGCGGCUGAUCCGCGAACUGAGAGCCGAGAUCGCUCGCCUCAAAGCCCUGCUUGCUCAGGGGAAUCAGAUCGCACUUCUGGAUUCACCCACAGCUCUGAGUAUGGAGCAGAAACUGCACCAGAACGAGGCUCGGGUGCUGGAGCUGACAAAGGAGUGGGCAAACAAAUGGAACGAAACACAGAAUAUUCUUAAGGAAGAGACUCUAGCUCUGAGGAAGGAAGGGAUCGGUGUGAUCCUGGACUCAGAACUUCCUCAUCUCAUUGGGAUCGACGAUGAUCUGCUCAGCACUGGCAUCAUCCUCUACCACUUAAAGGAGGGGAGGACGUGUGUAGGCCGGGAGGACGCCGCCAUCGAGCAGGACAUCGUUUUGCACGGCUUGGGACUGGAGAGCGAACAUUGUCUGUUUGAGAAUCAGGAUGGCACCGUGACCCUGAUCCCUCUGAACGAGUCGCAGUGCUCCGUUAACGGAGUUCAAGUCACCGAACCCUGCCAACUCAACCAAGGUGCUGUGAUUCUGCUGGGCAGAACCAACAUGUUCAGAUUUAACCAUCCUAAAGAGGCAGCUAAACUACGUGAGAAAAGGAAGAGCGGUCUGCUCAGCACACUGAGUCUCUCCAUGACGGAUCUUUCCAAGUCCUGUGAAAACCUCUCUACAGUCAUGCUUUAUAACCCUGGACUGGAGUUUGAGAGGCAGCAGCGAGAAGAGCUGGAGAAGCUUGAACACAAAAGGCGUCUGAUCAAGGAGAUGGAGGAGAAGCAGAAGUGCGAGAAGGCAGAGCUGGAGCGAAUGCAGCAGGAGGUGGAGUCUCAGAGGAAGGAGUCAGAGCAGGUGCAGCUGCGCAUCCGCAGGCAGGAGGCGAGUCUGCGCAAGCGCAGUCAGGACAUCGAGAGCCGCAUGAGGGACCUGCUGGCAGAGAAAGAGCGCUUCCAGGAGGAGCGUCACAGAGAGCAGCAGGAGCAGAAACAGAGGAGAAAGCAGCAGCAGCUGGAGCAGCAUGUGGAGGAGGAGGUGGAGGAAGAGGAGGCGCAGGAAAAGGAGGCGCAAGAGGCAGAGGAGGAGGAAGAGGAACGUGGAGAGGAUGUGCAGGUCAGGAGAGAACACGCAGAGCAGACGGAGCUCUUCAGAGAGCUGGAGCGUCUGAAACGGGAGCGAGAGGAGCAGGCUGUGAAAAUCCAGCUGGAGAGGAGACGUCUGGAGGAGCAGGAGCGAGAGCAGCUCUCUCUCGUGGGCCGUCUGGAGGAGCAACUGAGGGAGCGGAGCGAGGAGGCGGCGGCGCUCUUGAGCCGAGACGAAGCUCGCCGUCUCGAGGAGGAGCAGCGAACGCUGGCUGAGAUACGAGAGGGUCUGCUGCUGGCGAAGGUGGCAAGGGUGGAUGGCGAGGACGCCGGCGAGGAGGCCCUGAGGAGCGCCAGGGAGCGGUACGAGAGUUUCAAACAGGAGCAGGUGCAGGAGUUGGGUGUGUUGGUGGAGGGGCUCUCGCAGCAGACAGAGCGGCUCGGGAAGGAGGUGGCCAACGAUCACGCCACCCUCGGCGUCCUGCAGCACGCACACAGGGAGAAACAGAGACUGAUGCGUGAGACAAUGGCGUGCGGCCUGCAGGACGCCUCGUCUCUCCUGCAGGAGGAGGCUCAGCUCUCUCAGGCUGCACACAGGCUGCAGUAUAAAGAGCGACAGCUGCUUUCUCUGCGCGAGAGUCACCUGCCCGCCGUGUCCGAGGAGCUGCACCGAGCCGAGGAGGCGCUGGAGCGAGUUCGGGGCAAAGAGACGAAGGGCAGCCCCGAGCAGGUGGAGAAGGAACUGGACGAGAUGCUGUAUCAGAUAGAGAAAGAGCUGGAGGAGAAACAGGAGCGUCUUUCUCAGCACAGCGUCAGCGCAGAACAGCUCCUGCAGCUGCAGCAGACCUACGAGUUCACGGCCAACGUGGCGCGGCAGGAGGAGAAGGUGCGUCGUAAAGAGCAGGAGAUCCUGGAGACAAGGGAGAAGCAGCAGAGGGAAGCGUUGGAGCAGGCGGUGGCUCGGCUUGAGAGGAGACACUCGGCCCUGCGCCGGAGCCUUAGCCUGGAGCCUGAGGCAGAGGAGGCUCGCAGGAGGAGCAUCGUGGCCUCCAUGGGACACAACAGCACAGGGAGUUCUGCAGUGCCUGAGCUGGACCAGGAGAGGAUGGAGAGGGAAAUCGCUCAGCUCAAGCAGAGGAUCAGUGAGAGUGAGGCGAGUGGGCGGAGCCUGUCUGUGAGCAGUGAUGACAAGACCAGUGUGGGGAACUGUCCAAUGAGCCCCAUCCAGAGCCUGAACACAGUGCUGCCUCUCACUGACGACCGGUUAAAAGCAUACAUCGAAGAAGAGGUUCAGAAAAGGCUCCGGCAGAUGAACCGGCAAAAUUCGGACAAUAACGGUCUGUCGCUGUCCUCGGAGUCGCUGCAGAACAACCAUACACGUCUUGUAGAUCCACGUAGACAGAAGUAUGAGCGCUUUGUGUCAGUCCCGCUAAGUCCAAGUCUGGAGAGCUUGAAGGAUCCGGUGAAGAUCAGCAUCCCUCGCUACGUCCUGCGGGGACAGGGCAAGGACGAGCAUUACGAAUUCGAAGUCAAGAUAACCGUUUUGGAUGAAACAUGGACUGUGUUUCGACGCUACAGCCGCUUCAGAGAAAUGCACAAAUCCCUCAAGAUGAAAUACCCAGAGCUAGCAGCAUUGGAGUUCCCUCCGAAAAAAAUAUUUGGUAACCGGGAUGAGAGAAUGGUGGCUGAGAGACGCAGUCACCUGGAGCGUUACUUGAGAAACUUCUUCCAGAUCAUGCUGUCAACAUCCUGCUCGUCUUCUCCUUUGCGAGCAGACGACUCGGGCCUGCAGCUCUCCAAACAUGCCGUGUGUGACAUCUCACCCUUCUUCAAGAAGGGAGUGUUUGACUACAGCAGUCAUGGAACAGGCUGAUUACCACCACCACCACCUCUGCUGAGGCUACGUCACUUCUGUAUGUCCAUGCACGUCCCACGUCAUUCCACACGUUCUCAGGAUAGCACCAGGGUGGUUAAGUAGGCAAUAAUCAGAAAGCCAAAGUACUAGCCUUCGUGCCUUUGGUGGUCCCACAUUUUAGGCUAGAUACAACAGACCAUCAAGGUCCGUGCUAGAUCCCCUCACCCGGACCUGCUUCCUGUUACUAUAGCAACCAGAAGAAGAAAAAUGAAUGACUGUAAAUUAUGUGCAGUUAUCUGGCCUGGUUGUUCUGAGGUAAAAAUGAUACACGGGUCCUUGUGCCAUCGAUUUAACAUAUUAGACAGUAUAAAAUCAAACUGUACGCAAAUCUACUUUGAGGCGGUUGGUGUUUGAAGUUUUGCCUAAACUGCACUAGAUGUCAUACAUCCACUGUUCUUUUUUUAUUUACUAUUUUAUGGCUAUGAACAGGUUAUUACUGUAAUUAUUGAGAUUUCUUCGAGUGGUUAUUGCUGUAGUUAUUGGUGUAGUGAAUAUGCCUGUGUGGACAGCAUCCAGCUAAUCCCAGCCUAGCACAUUCCUAUGCAAGUACACCAUAAACUACAGUCUACCACCUGCUAGCACUCCUCCUGGCCACAACUGGAACCGUUCUCCACCAACAUUACUGCGAUUAGUGUAUAAGGCUACUAGUGUACACUCUUUUGGAGUAAAACACUUCAGCAUACAUCUUCCAAAAUGAGACCUCUAUCCUAUUGAGAUUUGCUAAUCUGUUCUAAGUUACACUGGCGUGACCACCAAAUAUUUAACAGAAUAUGUCAUAGCGAAUAGUUACGAAUUUGGUUCUAUAGCAUGAUGAACAUAAAAAACAAACAACUUUUUUGUCUUUGUACUGAAAUGAAACAAUAACUUUCACAUGCACAGACAAAUACAUUUCUCUGAAAGCCAUAUGUGCAUAUGAUGAUUUAAGAAUGCAGAUUAUUGUGCGGUGUGUGUAUAUAGGUGCUUCUUCUACUAACGCAAUAUGAAAGGGAAAGAC